AAAGAGAGAGAAAGAAGUGGAGAAGAAUUGGGAAGAAAAAGAGUGAGAGAGAAAGGAAAGGAGAGUCGGCGCCCCAUGUCCCCGCCGACCAAUCAGAACGUCGUUUUCAACCUCAUCAUACCCACCUCCUUCUCCUUCUACUCUUGUCGUUUAACCCUUCCCUCUCUACGCACUAUUCAACCAUCUUCUUAUUCUUAAACCCUAUCCCUUUUUCGUUCCAUUUUCAUACUUUUCUUUCCUUGAUUCUUCAGAAUUAUAUUUUUUUUAAAAACACGGAAGAUUUCUUCCUUCUAACUUGUUUUUUUUUUUUCUUUUCCUUUCUUUCUUCUUUAUUCAUUUCUCUUCUCGUUCUUGAAUUUUGCUGUUAAGGCCUAUUUUUAUUUGGAAAAAAAUAUUUCUGAUUUUUUUCUUCGGAUAAAUAUGAAAGCCACGGUUGAAGGAUCCAUGGCUGAGAGGUUUGAUGAUGGGGAAAAGGAGAAGAAGAAGAAACGCCGAUCCAAUCGUCGAUCCAAGCAAAACCCUCCCUCUCCUUCGGCAUCUGAAGUGAAUGAGGCCCAUGAGGUGUUGUCGGAAAGUUUGGAGAAAAUCGGAAUAGCUACUAAUACAACUACAUCCUUGAGCAGUUCACUGAAGCAGGUCAAUAUUUGUUCUCCUAAUGAGCAAGGAUUAUCCAAAGCAUCAAAUGUUGCUUUUGUUUCAAUGCCCCCCAUGCAUAUCAAUGAGCAAGGGGAAACCGGUGGUUUGCAAAACAUACAAAUCUCUGGUGGAGGAAUUGAUUCAAAAUCGGUUUCUGAGCCCACUGGUUGCCGAGGGUCAUCAGGAACUAAUAGAAACAAGGACUCUGUCCCUUGCAGUCAAAUUGGGUUUUGUGCCCAGAGAAAUUAUUUUAGUCCACACUGGUCUGUAGAGGCUGUCGAGAAGGCAUUAGAGAAGGGCAAUGUUUUUAAAGCUCUCUUUCAUGUCAAUGCUCACAAUAGACUUGAGGCAUACUGUAAAAUUGAUGGAUUGCCAAUUGAUGUUCUCGUUGGUGGGAUUCCAGCCCAAAAUAGAGCUGUGGAAGGUGAUAUUGUUGCAAUUAAGAUUGAUCCCUUUUCAUUGUGGACAAAAAUGAAAGGACCAAACGGGAAUUGUAACAAUACUGCUACACUGGAAGGUUGCAACCUUCUUACUGAGGAUAAUGAAGUGAGUGGUAAUAUUUGUAAAGGGAAAGGUAAGCUAGAUGCUGAUUAUGAGUCUGCCCAUUGCAGAAGCUCUCCUGGUCAAAACAAGGAGGAUAUUGAUCAAAACUCCAACUCCUGUAGAAGUUAUCCUUUUCCUGAAAGAAGAAUUGUUUCUGGGGAUAAUACUCAGGGUUCAACAAACCAUUUAGAUCUACUUGGAAUGGCCAGCCAUGACAGCAUUGAUGGAAAUCUCUGUGCUGCUCCUGAUUCCUUAAAGAUCAAUUCUUGUGGUGGACAGAGUGAAGUAGUUAGUGCAGUGGAAAACAUGUGUUCGUUGGUUAAUUCUUUCCCUUACAAAAGACCGACUGCCAGGGUGGUUGCUAUUAUUGAGAGGUCUCCACAUCGAGAGGGUAUUGUUGGUCAUCUGAAUGUGAAGCAGUGGGUUUCUUUCAGGGACAUAAAUAAUAAGGAUGCAAAGAAAAAUAAGAAUUUGGUUUCUGAGCAUGAAUAUAUCCAACUGACACCAACUAAUCCAAAGUUUCCAAAUCUGAUGCUUCUUGUUAGAAAGUUACCAAAGUAUAUUAAGAAAAGGCUGAAAAGUGGUGAUGUGACAGUUGGAAUGGAUCUGGUAGCUGCACAUAUUGAUGAUUGGGUUGAAGAUAAUCCUUUUCCUGAGGCUCAUAUCUUGCAUGUUUUUGGACGAGGUGGUGAAGUUCAACCCCAAUUAGAUGCAAUUUUGUUUCAGAAUGCAAUCUGUUCAUCUGAAUUUUCCCCUGAACCUCUGUCCUAUCUGCCUGAUGUUUCUUGGGAGGUACCACAGAAGGAAAUUCAAAGUAGAAUAGAUCUUAGAAAUUUAUGUAUAUUUACUAUUGAUCCUUCACCUGCCACUGAUCUGGAUGAUGCACUGUCAAUUGAGAAGUUACCUAAUGGAAAUUAUAGAGUAGGUGUCCAUAUUGCUGAUGUAUCAUACUUUGUUUUACCUGAUACAGCCUUAGAUAGCGAGGCUCAUUUUAGGUCAGCAAGUGUCUAUAUGUUGCAAAAAAAGUUACCUAUGUUGCCUGCAUUAUUGUCAGAGAAUAUUGGUUCACUUCGUCCUGGCGUGGAUCGACUUGCAGUUUCCAUGCUACUAGAUAUAAAUCUUGCGGGGGAUGUUGUAGACCGUUGGAUUGGUCGUACAGUAAUGCAUUCUUGCUGUAAGCUUUCAUAUGAACGUGUCCAGGACAUCAUUGACAGGGCUUUUGAUUUUGAAAGUUCAAACUUUUUUGAAGAUGGCUUUCCUAAAGUGCAUGGCCAUUUUGGAUGGCCGGAUAUUAUUACAUCUUUGAAGGGUCUUUAUGAAAUUUCAAAUGUCUUGAAAAGCAAAAGGUUUACUGAUGGGGCUCUGGGUCUUGAAAACCCCAAAGUUGUUAUUUUGUUUGAUGAAAAUGGAAUUCCUUAUGAUAGUAUGCUUUCUGAACGGAAAGAAUCAAACUUUCUUGUUGAAGAAUAUAUGCUUUUGGCCAAUAGAACUGCAGCUGAAGUCAUAUGUAGAGCUUAUCCUGAUGGCGCAUUGUUGCGGAGGCAUCCUGAACCUAAUAUGCGGAAGCUGAGAGAGUUUAUAGCAUUUUGUCAGAAGCAUGGUUUAGAAUUGGACACAUCUUCAUCUGGUCAGUUCCAUUGGUCAUUAGAGCAGAUCAGGGAAAAGCUCAAGGGUGAUCCUGUGCUUUAUGAUAUACUUAUUUCGUAUGCUACAAGGCCAAUGCAGUUGGCAUCUUACUUCUGUAGUGGAGAUUUAAAGGACAAUGAGCAUGAAUGGGGUCAUUAUGCAUUGGCUGUCCCAUUUUACACUCAUUUUACAUCACCUCUGCGUCGUUAUCCAGAUAUUGUUGUUCAUCGGACACUACUUGCUGUUAUAGAGGCUGAGAAAUUAUAUUUGAAGCAUCAGAAGGUUUUGCAGGAUUACAACGAAAUGGAAAAAAGAUGUUUCACAGGCAUCAAUUUUGAUAAAACUGCUGCUGAAUCCAUGGAAGGUAAGGAAGCACUAUCAGCUGCAGCUGUGAAGCAUAGUGUUCCUAGUGCUGAAACACUUGCAGAUAUUGCUGCUUAUUGCAAUGAGAGAAAGCUAGCUAGUAGAAAUGUUAAGGAUGCCUGUGAUAGACUUUACAUUUGGUUUCUCCUGAAGAAGAAGGAGGUCUUAUUGUCAGAAGCAAGAAUACUGGGACUUGGCCCAAGAUUCAUGUCAAUAUAUGUUCAAAAGCUAGCUAUUGAGCGUCGCAUAUAUUACGAUGAUGUUGAAGGCUUGACUGUGGAGUGGCUUGAGACAACAUCCACUUUGGUGCUUAGCACAUGUGCUAAGCGUGCAUUUAGGAGGGGAGGCCCUAACAAGUGCAGGACAGUUGAAGAAGUUGCAUUGCUUACAUGUCCAUAUAAUCUGAAUGUAACCAUGGAUGAUAGUAUAUCUUCCACGGUCAAGGAGCCCAUUUCUAGAUCAGAGACUGAAAUUGAUCCUGCAGUUUUUCCUCUCACAGUAGGUCUUCUUUCAACAAUUCCUGUUGCACUUCACGCUGUUGGCGGUGAUGAUGGCCCCCUUGAUAUCGGAGUAAGGCUGUACAUGAGCUCCUAUUUUGGGUAAGUUGGUAGUUCUGAAGUGGCAGAUCCAGUUUGGAUGAAUCUAUCAGUUUUAAGUUUUAAUGAAAUGGACUUAGCUCCAUUGUAGAAUAGUGUAUAGUUCAACAUAGGUGGGGAAACUACAAUUUCAAAAUUUGCUAAUGUUCUAUGAACAUGUUUAAAACUAAAAUUCGGAAGUAGGUGUGUAGAUAAAAGGUGGAGGUUCUGUUAUAGCUUCGGCCAAGGUGCCUGUUUCUAACAGAAGCUUCUUACUGGAAUUGGCGCUUGUUUUUGUUGGCCCGUUCCAUCUACUUAGUAUGUGCACGUAUUUGGUUCUUGCUCGGCUUGACUGCAGCCCAAUAAAGUUUUUGAUUUUGGGUGGCCACUUGUACUAGUUAUUUGGUUUCUGAAACAUUUUUGUAUGUUAAUUUCUGACUUGGUAAACUUUGAAAUUGAAUAAUCUUUCAUGCUUUAUACAGUUGCUGGAGUUUAUUAUU